UAUGCAGUCUAGAAGCAGGCUGAGGCACCAAAAAGUGCCUACCUUCUACUAUACCCCGCUUAUAAUCGCCCUUCAAAUAUCCAAGCCUGCCGCUGAUUUAGGGAGGAAUUAUUCGAAUACUAAUAAGUUUCUCGCCCAAAAAGCCUGACGUGCGCCUAGAAAAUACCUAAAACAUAUACAGUUGAAAAUGUCCGAUUCUGCAGAUCCUAAGACCAACAACAACACCAAGCCAUGCGAUGAGGCGGACUUGACCAGCGAUAAGCCUGAAACGACCGAGAACGAGCAAGAAGAAACUGACCCUCAGACUGCAUAUGCUGAACAAUUUGAUGAAGAGGAGGAAGAGCAUUGGGCUGAUUCAUAUGGGGAUGGGGAUGAACAGCCACCAAGCCGAGGCGCACUACACAUGGGAACGGUCAAGACCACUGUUCCGCCGAAGCCGCCCCCAAAGAAUAACCCUUAAAGGAAGGAAAAGACUACACACACCGCGAAUAUUACUCUGGGAGCUAGGAGCGUUGAGUUGAAUCAGUUGUGAAUACAAGUCUAGUCUUAACUCCUUUCUCGAGCUUGGAGAAGUAAACCUGUGAUAUAAAACGUUCAAUGUGCAUCCCUAAGAGCUCUGCAAAUCGUAGGUUAUAUCAGGGUAGGUAGGUAGUCAUAGGUAUCCAAUCA